AUGGAGCAGACAUCCCCAAAAGGAGGACCCUCCUCCCCACCAUCGCGCGAACCAAGACUUCAUCUCCCUUCAACCACUGAUCCGCCCGGCCCCCAGAAUCCCGCCAAACCCCUCGUAUGGCUGGUAUACAACCCUUCAAGCAACGAAAAGCACCAAUACACUAACCCACCUUUACAGAUCUUCGGCGCAACCGGCCACAUGGGCCGCUCUUUAGUAAAAACCGCCCUCGCCAACAAUGACCUAGUAGCAGCAGUGGGACGCACAUACGAGAACAGCCCCGCAUCGAUGAAAGAGCUUGAAUCGGCGAACUGCAUCGGACUCCUAUGCGACGUACGAGCGCGAGAGACUGUGAAGCGCGUUAUUGACCAAACAAUCACACGCUUCGGCCGAAUCGACAUCAUUGCAAACUGCUCCGGCUACGGCGUGAUCGGCGCCUGCGAAGACCAAGAUGAAUUCGACAUCCGCAACCAAUUCGAAACAAAUUUCACAGGCACCCUGAACAUGAUCCAGCUAUCUCUACCACAUUUCCGCCAGCGUCGCGCGGGGAGGUACCUCAUUUUCAGCUCGACGUCUGGCGCGCUCGGCGUGCCGGGUCUCGGACCCUACUGCGCCUCCAAAUAUGCCGUUGAGGGUUUGAUGGAGAGUAUGCUAUAUGAGGUGGAUAGUUUUAAUAUAAAGGGUACACUUGUCGAGCCCGGUCAUAUGCGUCGUGAUGAUAAUGCGGAUGUUGUUACUCCCGGGGCUUUUGCGAAUAACCCCUCCGAACAUCAUCUGUCGUCGCCGUUGCCGCUCUACGGUCAUUUUUUGGUGAAGCCACCCAGUGAGCCGUAUAAUACGACUACGUCGCCGGCGGCGCAUGCGCGACGUAUGCUCAUGUGGCUCGGUGAUAAGCAGCCUGCUAGCGCGGUUAAGGCGGCGCAUCUGGUUUGGCAGCUUGGUCAUUGCUCUUACCCGCCACUGAGGCUGAUUCUGGGGACGUAUGCUGUGGAAAGUAUACGGGAUCGGUUGAAGUGUAUUAUUGAGGAGAUUGAGGAUUGGAAACAUCUCAGUUUCCCGAUGGGGGAGACGCAGCCGGUUGGUGGUGGGCGUGAUAGGUCUGUUCAAGCUGAAGGGAGUGAAAAGGGUAAUAGAUGA